AUGGUAGAAUCUCUCCAAAUGUUCUUAUUCCUCUUCAAAUCCAAGUACAGACGAAAAUACUCAUGGUUCUCGCCCUUCUUGUGUUCAGUCCUCAUAGUGUUAUUGUUUUGUCAUGAAGUUCUAUCUAGGUGUAGUGAACAUAACUGUAUAAACGGUGAGUGUAAGAACGAGACUUGUGUAUGCUUCGAAGGCUGGCAGGGUCCAGAAUGUCAGCACUGCGCAGGGAAGAUCAAGCUGAGCGCCCCCACGGGCGUGAUAACUGACGGGCCGGGCAACUACAGCGUGAGCACGGCCUGCACGUGGCUGAUAUCGCCGCCCCGUCUCGGCCCCAACCCGCCUGUGGUGCGCGUGAGGCUCGAGAGCUUCGCCACAGAGUGCGGCUGGGACCACCUCUACGUGUACGACGGGGACAGCGUCAGAGCGGAGCGGCUGUUGGCGGUGUUCAGCGGUGUGCUGCCGGACGACGAGGACUCCAGUUGGACGCGCCAGGUGAUCGCUCGCUCGGGCAGCGUGCUUCUCCACUUCUUCUCUGACGAUGCGUACGCUAUGGAGGGGUUCAACGUGACAUACGCCGCCUACUCCUGCCCGUCCGACGACCCUAGGACCAACUGCUCCAAUCACGGCGAGUGCGAGGAUGGCAACUGUAAAUGCGAGCCAGACUGGGUCGGCGCUGCGUGCGACCAGCCGCUAUGUCCAGACGAGUGCAACGCGGCGUACGGCGCGGGCGAGUGCACGGGCGGCGGGUGCGAGUGCGCGGCGGGCCGCGGCGGCGACGCGUGCGAGCGGGACGGCGCGCGCGCCGCGUGGCAGUGGCGCUGGCGCGAGGAGCGCGACUCGCGCCCCCGCCGCCCCCCGCCCGCCCACCCGCCGCCCCCCGUCGCCGCGCACUCGCUGCUCGCGCACGGCGCCGACCUGCUGCGCGUCGGCGGCGAGACGUUCGCGCCUGCGCACUUCCUCUACAGAUACAAGGUGGCGGAGAACAGAUGGUACCCCAUAACCCCCUUAGACGACGCCUCCGCCAGCCCCGCGCCCCGCUUCGCCCACUCCGCCGUAAUGUACGGGGACGAGAUCAUCGUCUACGGGGGCGUGGUGACCUCCGACGACCCCGAGAGAGGCGGCGGGCUGGCGGGGCUGGAGGGGCGCGGCGGCGAGGCCAGCAACGAGGUGUGGCGCGGCCGGCUGCAGGGCGGCGCCGUGGCCUGGGCCAACGCCACGCCCACCGCCUGCUCGCCGCACCGCAACGCCCCCUUCCGCCACUGCGGCGGUCUGCAUCUCUCCGGCCACACGGCUGUGCUGGCAUAUGUUGGCAUCACGCAGAAACCUGUCAUGGUGGUGUUCUUCGGCCACUCCCCUCACUACGGGUAUAUGCACACGGUGCAGGAGUUCCACGUGGAGGAGGGCGCGUGGGCGGGCGCUGCGGUGCGCGGCUGGGCGGCGCGCGCCGGCUUCGGCCACUCGGCCGCCUGGGACCCGCUCUCGCGCCGCGUCUACGUGCACGCCGGCCUCGUCUCCGAGUCGGAGGCCGCGCAGGCGCCGUCGUCAGCUCUAUACGAAUACGACGUGGAGAAUAGGGUAUGGAGGCCACUGCCCUCCGCGCCCACGCCAAGAUAUCUGCACACCGCUAUAUUCGUCUCCCCCGGCGUGAUGCUGGUUUUCGGCGGGAAUGCGCACAACGACAGCGCCGCCGCGGCGGUGGCCAACCCCGCCGCCUCCAAGUGCUACUCGGGCAGCGCGUUGCUUUAUGACGUGCGCUGCGGCGUGUGGCGCGCGGCGCCGGAGCCCCGCGGCGCGGCGAGGGCGGCGCACGCGGCCGCGCCGUUGCCGCUCAGUGCGCGCCGCGCCGCCAUCGUCUACGGCGGGUUCGACGGGCGGCUGCGCUCGGACGCGCUGGUGUUCGAGACGGGCGCGGCGUGCGGCUCGCGGCUGGACGAGGCGGCAUGCGUAGCCAGCACAGCCAGCGCCGCGCUGGCUUGCGCCUGGCGCACGCGCGACCGCCUCUGCGUGCCGCUGGAGGAGGUUGGUUGGGCGAAAUCGUUUGACGGAACGGUAAAAACGUGCGCGUUCGAACCCGUGCUAGACGAGAAGCGGUGCGCGUCUGCCGAGUGGUGCGGCGCGUGCACCGCCGCCGGCUGCGCGUGGUGCGGCGCCUGCUACCCCUCCGCCCAGUACUGCCUGCGCCACACGCACCAGAUGGCGCUAUCGCUGGAGGAGUGCGGGGGCGCGAGCACGGAGCCGGCGAGGGACGCGUGCGCCCGCUACCACUCGUGCGCCGCCUGCCACGCCCACCGCCACCACCACGCGCACGGUAUAGAUGAUGUCAACCAGAGAGCGUGCUAUUGGGACUAUGACACCGUGAAGUGUAAACCGGCCAACUCUUCGGACGACAUAAGGAGUGUGUCGGCCGGUGCGUGUAGCGCUCCUUGCGCCACGUACACCACGUGCGCCAACUGCACAGCCGAGGAGUGCAUUUGGUGCGCGUCGGCGGGGCGCUGUGUCGACAAGAACGCGUACGGCGCCUCGUUCCCGCUGGGCGGUUGCCGCGCGUGGUCGACGGGCGGGUGCGCCGGGGGGGCGGCGGGGGCGGGGCCGCGGGGGCGGGGGCGGGUGCCGGCGCGGGGGCGGGGGCGGGUGCGGGUGGUGCGGGGGGCGGGUGCUCGGCGCAUGCUGGCUGCGCGCUGUGCAGGGCGGAGCCGGCGUGCGGCUGGUGUGACGACGGCGAGGGCGGCGGCAGAGGCGUGUGCCUGCCCGGCGGCCAGCGGCGCCCCCACCAGCCGCACGUGGCACUUCACGCGCUGCCCGCUGUGCCAGUGCAACGGGCACGCGGUGUGCGACGCGGCGGCGCGCUGCGUGCAGCCGUGCGGCGCGCGCGCCGUGGGCGACCACUGCGACGCGUGCGCGCCCGCGCACUGGGGCAGCCCGCUCAACGGCGGCGAGUGCCAACCGUGCGAGUGCAACGCGCAGGCGGUGACGUGCGCGGCGGACACGGGCCGCUGCCACUGCACCACCAAGGGGCUGGCGGGCGACAGGUGCGACAAGUGCGACAACACCAACCACUACCACGCCGACCUCUACAACAAGGGCGCCUGCUACUACGACCUCGCGGUGGACUACCAGUUCACGUUCAACCUGUCGAAGAAGGAGGACCGCCACCUGUCCGCGAUCAACUUCCGCAACGCGCCCGUCAAGCCGGACGUAGACGCGGACUUCAGCAUCGCGUGCUCCGCCCACGCGCGCAUGAACCUCACCGUGCGCACGCGCGCCGACCCCGCCGAGCGCACGCUCUUCAGCGACCUCAACUGCACCAACUUCAGAUACAAGUUCGCCAAAUCGGAGCACGCGUUCGGCGUGGAGGACAACGUGACGCUGACGACGUUCUUCGUGUACGUGUACGACUUCAGGCCGCCGCUGUGGAUCCAGAUCUCGUUCUCGCAGUACCCCAAGCUGAACCUGCAGCAGUUCUUCAUCACCUUCUCCUCCUGCUUCCUGCUGCUGCUGCUGGUGGCGGCCGCCCUCUGGAAGAUCAAGCAGAAAUACGACAUAUACAGACGGAGACAGAGGCUUUUCGUUGAAAUGGAACAAAUGGCGUCGAGACCGUUUAGUCAAGUCUGCGUCGAGUUGGAGAAGGGCGGUGGAGGGUGCGGCGUGCCGGCGCCGGUGGCGCUGGAGCCGUGCCGCGGCGGGCGCGCGGCCGUGCUGUCGCUGCUGGUGCGGCUGCCGACGGGCGGCACGGGCCGCGCGCCGCCGCUGGGCGGGCUGGCCGUCGCCUCGGCGCUCGUCACGCUCGGCCAGCACCACGCGCCGCCCGCCAAGCGCGCGAGGCCCCGC